UUCAACUUCCCCGCCAGUGACCCUUCUCUUCACUUUUAUUAAUCGCGCUACUCUCCACGGGCCAUCGUCUCCCGUGCCCCGCCUCGACACUCCCCGAAACGCUCGCCCAGCCUCUGGCGUAGUGACGAGUGCGGACAGGCCAGCGACCAGCAACUGGCAGUCAGUCGACCGGCGCGCGCUGGCACACGGGAAGGCGCUGCCGAUCACUCAGCAUCCGAGAUAGACGAAGUAGACACGAUGGCGUCCGACCUCGACAAGCAAAUCGAGCAGCUGAAGCGAUGUGAGAUCAUCCCCGAGGCGGCAGUCAAGGAGCUCUGCCUCAAGGCCAAGGAGAUCCUCAUGGACGAGGGCAACAUCCAGUAUGUCGACAGCCCAGUCACUAUCUGCGGUGACAUCCACGGCCAGUUCUUCGACCUCAUGGAGCUGUUCAAGAUCGGCGGCCAGUGUCCCGAGACAAACUACAUCUUCAUGGGCGACUUUGUCGACCGCGGCUUCUACUCUGUCGAGACGUUCCUCCUGCUCCUGAUUCUUAAAGUCCGGUAUCCCGACCGCAUCACCCUCAUCCGCGGCAACCACGAGUCGAGACAGAUUACCCAGGUGUACGGGUUCUACGACGAGUGCCAGAGGAAAUACGGCAGCAGCAAUGUGUGGAGAUACUGCACCGACGUGUUCGACUUCCUCUCCCUCGCGGCCGUUGUCGACGGCCGGAUAUUGUGUGUGCACGGAGGGCUGUCGCCCCAGCUUGUGCGAUUAGACCAGAUCCGCGCAAUCGACAGGAAACAGGAAGUGCCCCACGAGGGCGUCUUCUGCGACCUGCUGUGGUCGGACCCCGACGACAUCAGCGGCUGGGGCAUGUCGCCAAGAGGCGCCGGCUUCCUGUUUGGCGGCGACGUCGUCGAGGGCUUCUGCCACAACAACGACAUUGAGCUCAUUGCGCGCGCACACCAGCUAGUCAUGGAGGGCUACAAGCUCAUGUUUGGGCAGAAGAUUGUCACGGUGUGGAGUGCGCCAAACUACUGUUAUAGAUGCGGAAACGUCGCGUCCAUCCUCGAACUCAACGAGGACCUGCGGCAAGAGUACAAGGUGUUCGAGGCCGCCCAGCCCGACGUCAAGAGCGUGCCCCAGAAGCGGCCCCACAUGCUCGAGUACUUCCUCUAGUCGCCGAGCCCGAGCCGAGCCCGAGCCCGUGCCCGGCCUACACCCCUUUAGUUGUCAACAAUCUGUAUACCCUCGUCUCUCUCCUCGAAAGCCGAUCGCACUCGGCCACCACAACCCGAGAUACUACGAGACUGUCGCAUCUCUCAACCUGCAUCACCGUGUAGAAUCAAAUGCCAUGCCAUGCACUCCUGGCC